AUGAUCUCGAAGGUGUCUUGCCUGUACCUGCUUACCGUGUUGUGCUGGGCGAGUGCUUUAUGGUACCUCAGCGGUUCCAGGCCCUCUAACACCUACGUAGGUGUAUCAUUUCCUGUCCGCAGACAACCUCAUCGACUCCCGAAAAACUUUACCUUCAGCAAUAUCCGAACACGCACUCUCAACCCACACGCUUUUCAAUUCCUCAUCAACGAGCCAAACAAAUGUGAGGGUGAGCCACCAUUUCUACUCAUUUUGAUCAGCACCAACCACAAGGAGUUUGAUGCUCGGCAGGCUAUACGGGAGACCUGGGGUGACGAGAACACGUACAACGAUGUCCGAAUCAUCACUCUGUUCCUGCUCGGCCACAAUCCUGAGCCAGUCCUAAACCAGAUGGUUGAGCAGGAGAGUCAGAUCUUCCAUGACAUCAUUGUUGAGGACUUUAAAGAUUCAUACAGGAACCUCACCCUAAAAACCCUAAUGGGCAUGCGCUGGGUGGCCUCCUACUGCCCCAAUGCCAAGUAUGUCAUGAAAACUGACAGUGACAUUUUCGUUAACAUGGACAACCUUGUGCUGAACGUGCUGAGGCCCGAGGCAAAACCAAGGCAGCGUUUCUUUACAGGCCAUGUCAUAAACGGAGGACCCAUUCGGGACACCCACAGCAAGUGGUACAUGUCCAGAGAGGUGUACCCUGAAAGCAAGUACCCGCCUUUUUGCUCCGGGACGGGAUACGUAUUCUCUGGGGACAUGGCAGAGUUGAUCUAUAAGACUUCUCUUCACACUCACCUCAUCUACUUGGAGGACGUCUACGUAGGUUUGUGCCUGCGUAAGCUGGGCAUUCACCCCAUUCAGAACAAUGGAUUUAACCACUGGAAGAUGAGCUACAGCCUUUGCCGCUACCGCAGAGUUGUCACUGUACACCAGAUCUCACCAGAGGAAAUGCACAGGAUAUGGAAUGACAUGUCUAGCAAGAAACAUCUCAAGUGCUAACUAGGACUAAAUGCUGGACAAGA